AAAAAACAAUUGACUCGCCGUGGGUAGAGCAGGCGGAAGAGGAUAGAGCUAAACCCCGCUCCACCUCCCACUCCACUCCAAUGGCCGCCGCUCUCCCGCACUCCCACCUCCGCCUGCACUUCCUCCCGCCGCUCCACACCCCAGACCCCUCCUCCUCUCGCCGCCGCCGCCUUCGCCCCCCGUCUCCCCUCACCGCCGUCUCGCGCCUCCAGAACCCCACCACCGCGACCCACCCUGUCCUCCCGCCCCCCGCUCCACCCCCUUCCGCCGCCCUCCUCGCCGCCGAGGGGGCUUCCCUCGCGCCGCGCCGCGAGCACCGCUUCCCGGGCUCCGUCGCCUCCCCAAGGCCUGCCGACCCUGCCGCCGGCAGCCUCGCUGAGGCGGAGGACGCCGUCCUGCGGCGCGCCCUCGAGGUGCGCCGCGCGGUGGCCGCCGAGGUGCUCGUGGCCGCGCUAAGCGGGGGCAAUGUCGGCGGCCUGACAUACAUCAAGAAACUCACGGCGCGGAUGGGCCGGUUCGUGGACCGCGUCGUCGUCGAGGCCGCCGCGAUGCGGCGCGACCGCCCCGAGCUCGCACAUCAAUCCUUCAACGCGCGGGCGCGGAUGUACAUCCAGGAGUCCGGCCUUGUCGAGCUAGUCAAGUGGUUCAAGCACAAUUCGAUGACAUAUCCCCAAAUCGCAAAAGUAGUUUGUGCAUGUUCUGGUGAUCUGGAAAAAGUGAGGAGGAUGAUAAAAUGGCUGAGAUCAAUUUAUGUAAAAGGAGAAUUUUUGGGGCGUGUCCUUGCAAACGGAGAGUCCUUUUUGAACCGAAGCUUUGAAGAAUUGGAAGAGGUUGUUGGCUAUCUAGAAAGCUGCGGUGUGAGGAAAGAUUGGAUUGGGUAUGUGGUCAGCAGGUGCCCACAGCUGCUGAAUCUGUCCAUGGAUGAGUUGGAGACACGAGUGAGGUUUUAUACGGAUAUGGGAAUGGAUGAGAAGGACUUUGGCACGAUGGUCUAUGAUUACCCAAGAGCUCUUGGGUUUUUGAGCCUGGAAGAGAUGAACAUUAAGGUUCAAUAUCUGAAAGAGUUUGGUUUGAGCACUGAAGAACUUGGGAGGUUGCUGGCUUUCAAGCCACAACUCAUGGCCUGCGGUAUUGAAGAAAGGUGGAAGCCUCUCGUGAAGUACUUGUAUCACCUAAACAUUUCCCGGGAUGGUAUGAAGCGAAUGUUGUUGGUUCAACCUACAAUCUUCUGCCUUGAUUUGGAGACAGUGAUUGCACCGAAGGUGCAAUUUCUUCAGGAUAUUGGUGUGAGGAGUGAUGCAGUCGGCAAUGUGCUUGUGAAGUUCCCUCCUGUAUUAACUUAUAGCCUAUACAAGAAAAUACGUCCAGUGGUCAUAUUCCUGCUGACGAAAGCUGGAGUAAAGCAGGAGGACAUUGGAAAAGUUAUUGCCUUGGAUCCACAGCUCUUGGGCUGUAGUAUUUCACGCAAGCUAGAAGUUAGUGUCAAGUACUUCAGGUCACUGGGCAUCUACCAUUUCGUGCUUGGUCAAAUGGUUGCCGACUUCCCAACGCUUCUCAGAUACAACGUGGAUAUCCUAAGGCCAAAAUACCAGUACUUGAGGCGUGUUAUGGUGCGGCCACUGAAAGAUCUAAUCGAGUUUCCACGGUUCUUCAGUUACUCCCUGGAGCACAGAAUAGAGCCUCGGCACCAAACUUUGGUGGCGAACAGGAUCAACAUGAAGCUGCGCUACAUGCUGACUGGACCCGACGAAGAGUUUGCACAGAGGGUGCGAGAGGCUGUCGAGAGGAGAGCGAGAUUUGAAGCUGGAAAAGCUGUUCUGGAAACAUCAGAUGCUCCGGAGACAUCCAAGGAAGCAGGAGUUACAGAAGCAGCAGCAGCAUGUUAAAACAUCAGGGAGGUUGAUUAGAUAGAUGAAAGCCGGGUAAACUUGUGUGUAGCAUUUCUGCAAAAACAAGCAUAGCAUGUGUCCUUGCCAUGUACAUGUCCUGAAGGAGAAGAAGAAAAAGGUACAGGUAUUCUAGAUUGUACCGUGGUUAAGGAUGCUAUGUUUCUGAUCGAUCAAGGAUUAACAAACAUUACAUUAUAGACA